AUGGACUCAGGCACAGCAAAACACUCCGUAGAAAUCAUACCUUUGCAGUCUGCUAGCAAGAACAAUGACGGUCAGGGCUGUAGCAGUCAGAGGGAAGUCACACGUGAAGUUUGGGCAAGGAAGACCGAAUACCUCUUGUCUCUGAUUGGCUACUCAGUUGGACUCGGAGUUCUCUGGCGAUUUCCUUACCUCUGUAUGAGGAACGGAGGAGGUGCAUUUUUGAUACCGUUCUUCUUCUUCGUGGUUGUGUGUGGAUUCCCCUUGUACUACAUGGAGUUAGGCCUGGGACAGUUUUCUGGAAAAAGUCCUCUGGUGGUAUGGUGUAUCUGUCCUCUGUUCAAAGGUUUGGGUUUCUGCAUGGUAAUCAUGUCCUUCAUCGUGACAUGGUAUUACAACCUAGUGGUGGCCUGGGUCUUGUGUUAUCUGUUCUACUCCUUCUACCCGACCCAGCCUUGGGCCUCGUGUGACAAUGACUGGAACUCCGACAACUGUGUGGUUAUUCGCUCUAAAUCAUCCAACCAUAACAAUCUGUCACUGACCAAUCAGAACAUAUCUUAUACAUCAGUGAUAAAUCAGACGACGUUCCCCAACCUGACACAGUUGCAUACAGAUGGUGCUGUCAAUUCGACACUUAACACGUCACAAGUCUUUCAGACGGCCGCUACUGAGUUUUGGAGGUACGGUAUCCUGGGAAUAUCUUCUGGAAUUGACCAGAUCGGAAGUCCACAGUGGCAUCUGGUGCUGACCAUCUUCCUGGCUGCCGCCAUCACGUUCCUGUGUUUGGUGAGGGGAGUACGAUCCGCCGGUAAGGUGGCGUACGUGACAGCCAUUCUGCCCUACCUCCUCCUGUUGGUGUUACUGGCCCGUAGUCUCACACUAGAAGGAUCCCUCGCCGGUGUCAUGUACUUUAUAAAGCCAGAUUUCUCCAGGCUCUCAAAUUUUCAGGUGUGGUUCGAGGCGGCUCUGCAGGUAUUUUUCUCGCUGGGUCCUGCCUGGGGAGGAGUCAUCACCAUGGCUAGCUACAACAAGUUCAGCAACAAAUGCUUCAACGAUGCUGCACUGAUCGCAUUCAUAGACACCUUCAGCAAUUUCUUUUGUGGGUUCGUGGUGUUCAGUAUCCUGGGGUUUCUGGCCCACGAGUCUGGUAUGACCAUAGAAGAGGUCGCGGAGUCAGGGCCUGGCCUUGUAUUCCAAGUAUAUCCCGAGGCCAUAUCGCGUCUGCCCCUCCCCAACCUGUGGGCAGUGCUCUUCUUUGUCAUGCUUAUCGCGGUCGGUCUCGACAGUCAGUUUGCUCAGCUGGAGACGGUAUUGGGAGGUUUACGUGAUAUUUACCCCGGGACCCUGGGGAAUAGGAAGAACCUAAUCCUGUUAGCGGUAUUCUGCUUCUUCUUCCUACUCAGCCUUGUAUUUGCUACCCCGGCGGGAAUGUACAUAUUCGUAUUAGUGGACUGGUACGCUACCGCCUACUGCUUCUUUCUCAUCGCCUUCUUUGAGUGCCUCGUGGUCGGCUGGUUCUAUGGAGCCGAGCGGUUCAGUCGUGACAUCCAGAUAAUGACAGGGCGGAGCGUACAUCCCGUGAUCCGGGUAUCGUGGUGUAUUGUCUCCCCUAUAUCCAUGCUGAUCGCGCUGCUGGGAACCACUCUCGCUUUCAAGUCACCAGUACACAAUGGAUAUGAGUUUCCUAAAUAUGCCCAAACCCUCGGAGUGAUGAUAGGUUUGUUGUCCGUAAUUCCGCUCCCAAUACUGGCACUUCAUGGACUCUACAGUACAUCGGGAUCGCUAUCAACGAGACUGAAAGUGUUGUUGAAGCCGAACAAGGAAUGGGGUCCUAACAACAAGACCGGCAAGCUGGUUUACGAGUCCUAUCAUAACGAAGGUAGUGUCUGGACCCGGGUCAAGACCAACCUUUUUGGGGAACGACACUAACAUAUCUUGUAUUGUAAACAUCAUACGGUUGUUUGUUAAACUGUUGACAAUAAACUGGCAAAUCAACAACAUACAAUCUGCAGUGACGAAUGUAAGCUGCACAACUAGAG